GAGACUGCUAUCAUGGCGGGGAAGCCCAAACUUCACUACUUCAAUGGACGUGGCAGGAUGGAGUCCAUCCGGUGGCUCUUGGCUGCAGCUGGAGUGGAGUUUGAAGAAAAUUUUCUAGAAUCUGCAGAAGAUUUGGACAGGUUAAGAAAUGAUGGGAGUUUGAUGUUCCAGCAAAUGACCAUGGUUGAGAUUGAUGGGAUGAAGCUGGUGCAGACCAGAGCCAUUCUCAACUACAUUGCCAGCAAGUACAACCUCUAUGGGAAGGACCUCAAGGAGAGAGACUUGAUUAAUAUGUACAUAGAAGGUAUGGCAAAUCUGUAUGAAAUGAUCAUGCUUCUGCCCUUAAUCCCACCUGACCAAAAAGAUGCCAAGGUUGCCUUGAUCAAAGAGAGAACAACAAAUCGCUAUUUCCCUCAACAGUGCCUGGGCAUCGAGAAAAGUCUGGAUCUCUGGACCUGCCCUGUGAGGCCACAGUGGUGGGAGAGUGAGGCUGGAGAGGUUCCAGGGAGAAGCAGGGCACUGCCUGACUAUGCCUGUGUUCACCAUCUGACUCCUCGAAUCCUGCAGGUCUUGAAGAGCCAUGGCCAAGACUACCUUGUUGGCAACAGGCUGAGCCGCGCUGACAUUCAGCUGGUUGAACUUCUCUAUGAGGUGGAGGAAUUUGACCCCAGCCUCAUCGCCAGCUUUCCUCUGCUGAAGGCCCUGAAAACCAGAAUCAGCAACCUCCCUGCUGUGAAGAAGUUUCUACAGCCUGGCAGCCAGAGGAAGCCUCCUACAAAUAUGAAAACUUUCGAAGAAACAAGGAAGAUUUUCAGGUUUUAAUAAAGCAGGCAUGGAGGCCAAGCACAAGCAAGACCAGUCUUCUAAGGAUUUGCAGCAAUGAAGU